AUGAAGGCCGGGCGCGAGCACCGGGUACCGCUCUCGGAUGCGGCCCUUGAAGUGCUGCGCCGAGCGAAAGCCCUAGACGACAAUUCCGGGUUGGUCUUCCCGUCCCUGUACAAGCCGGGGCGCGAGCUGUCCGACAUGACCUUGACCAAGCUGCUGCGGGACCUUGGCCUUGCGGACCGCGCCACUGUCCACGGAUUUCGCACCAGCUUCAAGACGUGGUACAUGGAGACGACCGACACCCCUUGGGCCGUGGGAGAGGCGGCGUUGGCUCACACGCUCGGCAACUCGACCGAGGCGGCCUACGCCCGCUCCGACCUCUUCGAGAAGCGGCGGACGCUCAUGCAGCAGUGGGGCAGUUUUGUCUCCAAAGCCUAG